AUGAUCUUGUUGGCAGCAGCCCCUAGAAAGUAUGACAUUUAUUCUAGCCCUGGUUUUAUAAUGUCCACAGGAAAAUUUAAAUAUGAAAUUGGGUGCAUUCUUUAUAAUAUCGGGGCUCUGCAUACUGAACUAGGGGCCAUGGAUGCCAGAAAUACACCAGAUGGGAUGAAGAUAAGUUGUACACAUUUCCAAUGUGCAGCUUGGGCAUUUCAGGGAUCAGACCAAGUUCCAACAUUGUUGACAUUUUUGUACAAUGUUUCACUAGCACAAGCUCAGGAAUGUAUUCUUGAGAAGAGCAUGACAGACAACCGCAAGCCAACAAUUAUUGGUAAGAAUUAUUCUUUGCAAGAAUUUUGGGGAAUCCGAAAACGCAAUAAAAAACCUUGGGUUUCCUCAAGUCCCGAUUCAACAGUGACAGAAAUAGCAGGAUCUCGAAAAAUUAAGAUGUGGAGAAGAUACUGUGAAUUUAAGAUGGCAUACCAUGGAGCAGUUGCCCUUUUAUACCAAGGAAUGCAAGCAGAGGAACAACAGAAAAUGGGAGAGAGGGUUGCCUACUACCAAGCAGCUGUUGACAUGCUAAAGGAAGCCUCCAAAUUGGCCAAGAACUUAGAUCAGCAGGAGGACGAGAUGGACAGGCUCAAUAAAGCCGCUCAGAGCAUGUGUGAGGAGGAUGCCUAUGAGCUUAUAGGAGAAAGUCUUACCUUCUCCCAUGAUGUGAUGGGAGGAAAGCUAACUGCAGCUCAGAAGGAGAACGAAUUUGUGUACCAUGAAAAGGUUCCUGCUGCCACAACACUGCCUGAAGUCAAAGGUGCAUCACUAGUGAAGGGAAUCCCUUUUAGUGUGACAGACCCUGAAGUUGCUGGCCAAGACAUCUUCAUCAAGCUUGUGCCCAUGGAAGCCUAUUGA